UAGUUUGGGGUAAGCACGAAAUACUCAAAAGUAAGAGUAUAGUAGGUUUUCAUUUAUGAAUAUAUAUUUCUAAGUCUUACUAUGGAGGAACAAGACGAUUGUGUGAUUGCUUUAUAUGAUUUUACACCAGAAAACGACAAUGAGUUACAGUUUCGUGAAAACGAUGUUAUCAAAAUCAUAUCAUAUGGUAUUGGUGAUGGUUGGUGUGAAGGCGAGUUAAAUGGAAAAAGCGGAUAUUUUCCUAGCAAUUAUGUUACUUUUAAAAAAACGAAAGUUGAAUUAGAUUCCGACUUUGAAGAGGAAACUUCAUCUUUUGAGGGAGAAACUUCUUCGAGAAGGCCCUCUAUGGCGGUGCUUUCUGCUCCAGUUUUAGUUCAGAGGCGCCCACUUAGCUACACCGCUUUAAAUUUGCUUGGAAAAAGCAUUUAUCGCUAUUCGAACUUCGUCAAAUCUGGUGCUGAAGAUUUCGUUUUAGGCGUUCCUUUAGAAGUUGAGACUGAUCAAAAGAUCUUCUGCCAAGAAGGCCCUUUUGGCGUCGAAUGGCAGCCUCUUCCACAUCCUUAUAAAGUUUCAGUAGAAAUUCUACACGAAAAAAAUAAAAAUGCAAAGAAAGCUGUAAGCUAUCUUUUUAAGUCCACUAAGUGUACUGUGGAAAGACGUUAUCAUGAUCUUGAAUGGCUUCAAGAUCAACUUUUACGGCGGUGCCGACUUAUUACCAUACCUGAUCUCCCUGAAAAAAUAAAAACUCAGCAGGGAGCACGUGUUUUGGAAAGCUGGAUCAAUAAGAUUUCCACGCAUCCGGUGUUUGGCAAUUCCGCUCCCUUCGAGAUUUUUAUGCAAUGUUCAAGUGAUAAGAAGGAGUGGAAAGGCGGCAAAAAAAGUGUCGAACGCUCGCCUUUAGUUGGUGCUGCUCUUCUCUCUACGAUUGUUCCUGCGAAACCUAAAGAUUCGCCAGUUUCGGACAUCCGCAGAUUCGAGUCUUUUUGCCACAAACAAAGGCAGAGUUUUUCGAAGCUUAGUUCCCACUGCGACGCCAUCUCCAGCGCCAUGGUGAAGACCCACUACUCCCGUUUUUCAUCUAUAUGUAUGGAACUUUCUAAGGGAAAUGAAGUCGCCAUGGUCUGCUGCUGGCGAGAAACUUGUGAUUUAGACAAACAAUUAACCAAAGCAAUUUUGGUAGCCAGUCAGACCUUUGAGUGGAUUGGGAAAAAAUGGGCAGAGGCGGUCGCGUGGCAGACUCUGACUUUUGAAGACUAUUCGCGCGAGCACAACUCCAUUAUUAUAAAAAGCGAGUCCACGUGUAACGUUCAAGGGGAGUGUCUCUCCCGGACUUGCGAAGUAGCUAAGUUAGUCGCCCAGAAAAAGACCGAUCAGGCACUGUUGGAUGCCGUCUUGAAAAAAUGCGAAGUCAUAUCGGCAUUAACGGAAGCAGAAAUGAAUAACUUUCACUCUUUUAGGAGGCACGACAUCAAAAAGGUCCUAGAAGAUAUAGUUUUAAAAGAAAUUGAAACCCACCAAGCGAUAAUUGAAAAACUGCAAAUGGUCAAGAGCGCAAUUGAGAGCGCUUAAUUCUUGUC